AUGGCACUGAUGAUGGCGAUGAUGGCGGGGGCCGCCGCCGCCGAGACUCGCUACAAGCUCGAGGUGACCACUACCGAAAAGCUUGUCACUUGCUACGUUGUUCCCGAUACGGUGGACCCGGUCCCGUUGGGGGCUUACGUCUACUGUAUCCAGGGGAUGGUGGUCCCCUUGGUCGGCGCCAACGAUGACGUGGCCAAAUUGGCCCAACUACUCCUGAAGAAAUUGAAUAAACCAGUGUAUUUGAGUGUUAGUGUCGACCAGUGGGACAUGGUCCUGCUUUUCCAGGACAUUAUGGCUGAGAUUGACUAG